AUGAACCGCAUCCCAACCUUGGCGCGCAGGGUGAAGCGCAUGGCCACGUCGCAAAUUUUUAAUUUGAGACAACUACUCAAUGGCGAGUCCGGCCGUGGACUCGCUGGCUUCCGUAAGCUGUAUGAUCUUGGAGAAGAGAUUGGAAGGGGUGGCUUUGGGGUUGUCUACAGGGCCACCCGAAUCUCCGAUGAUCUUCCCGUUGCGGUCAAGUUCAUCGACCGCAAAUCUAUCAGGGAAUGGGGAAAGCUUGGCGACUCGCAAGUACCAAUGGAAAUUUAUGUGCUGUCGAAGUGUGCCAAGAUUCCAGGUGUAAUCCGCCUCCUCGAUUGGUACAGUACCUCGGAAGGCUUUCUAAUUGUCAUGGAACGCCCAUUCCCCUGCACCGACCUUUUCGAUUUCUUGAAGCUCCAGACUAAAUUGGACGAAAAUACUGCCCGCUGGUUCUUCCGCCAAAUCGUCCAGACUGUGCAGCAGUGCGCCGAGAAGCGGAUACUGCACCGCGAUAUUAAGGACGAGAACAUUGUCAUCGACUUGGUGACUGGUGAAGCUAAGCUGAUCGACUUCGGAGCGGCGACCGCCCUCAAGAAGUCCCAAUAUUCCGAUUUCCAAGGAACUCGCCUCUACUGUCCACCCGAAUGGUUCCUCCGAAGUCUCUACCUUGGCAAAGAAGCCACUGUCUGGAGCCUCGGCGUCCUCCUCUACAACAUGCUGAAUGGUCGCGUACCUUACAGAAAUGAAAAAGACAUCUGUACAUCGCAUCUCCUCGGCGCUCUCCCCUUUUAUUCAUCAGUCUCCACAGAAGCAAGAGACCUUGUCCUCCAAUGCCUUUCCUAUGAACCAUACGAUCGUUGCAGUUUGGAAGAGAUCCUAAUCCAUCCUUGGAUGACCGCUGACUGUCCUGACUGGGUCACGCUCACAAAGAACCUCAACGCUGGGCUUAAGAAGGAUGAUGAAGACGAAGCCAAUGUUUCGGGUGGCGAAAUCAGUGCUGAAGCGGAGAGGAAGAGCAAAAUGCAACAAGCCAACCAGAAGAAGUUCGAGAAACUCGAGUCAUCCGGUGUUGGGUCAUUGGAUGGUCCAUCUGGUGCUCGAGGAGCCAAGACUUCUUUGCUCAGCCUACCACCAACAAGAGCGCAACUUGUGCAAGCCGAACAGCGGCCAACACGUGGUCCACUUACCGCCGCAUCCGCGACUUGCCGACGACCGAAGAAGGCUCCCGAAGUCGGUAUGCCCGCAGCCAACUCAACCGUAUUGGCCACUAUCCGACGAGCAAUGAAGCAACCAGCUCUUGCACAAUAU